GCCCAAAGGAAGGAAGGGGGUGGAGAAAAGCCACCAAUUUUCUUUAAGGAAAGAUAAAUGAGUAAUAAGUGCGCUACUCAUCUCUCAAAAGCAGUUUACUUGCACGCAUCUUUCUUUGAUGGCUGCUGAAAAGAUUCCGAAAUUCCAAAUCUACAAGACCAAGUAAAACAAGUCAUUCCCCCCAGUCCUUUAGGCCAUUUCUUGAUGUAUUCACCCUCAAGAACGUGACAGGGUUGAGAGAUACUUACACGGUGACUUGUGGGAAGAUCGACACCUUCGUUUUUGUCUUCAUGGGUAUCACACAGUGAGACGUAUCACCAGUGAAGUAAGGGCACAAGGCACUUGACAAACACGCAGAUCUCUUGAAAGCGACAUUAUGCUCUGUGAAAUAGUAUUCAUCAUUUUAGAUGUAGCUGAAUGGUAAUUCAGGAGUCUCCAAAAUAAGUAAAUUUUGGGAAAAAUGGCCUGUGAAUUGAACCUAAACUUCCUUAAGGAAUUGGAGCGAGAGGCUGUUCUGGAGGUCCUGUACCGUGACCAGAUGGUGAGAAAAACAGAGGAGGAAAGAGUAAGGAAACUGAAGAUGCAGCUGCAGCAGCUUCGGUGGAAAGGGGCAAGAAAUGUGAGCCAUGAAUAUCAGGAGAGAUCUUGCGCUCGCUGUCACAAAUCCCUUGGGUUACUGAUGAAUAGAGGUGCUGUAUGCAACGGAUGCAGUCAUCGAGUGUGCUCUGACUGCCGUGUCUGCCUGAAUCCCCACCUGUGGAAAUGCACUGUUUGUUACGCUCACGGAGAUGUGAAAGUAAAGGCUGGUGAAUGGUUCUUUGAGGAACGAGCAAAGAAAUAUCCCAAUGAAGGCAGACAUGAAACGGUUGGUGCAAAGCUCUUGAAAUCUUAUCAGAAACUGAGCAACAUUUCUGUGGUUCCUCCAACUCCACCUCCUUUCGCUGAAUCCACAGCAGGAAGCAAUGUGACGGAACUUGGUCAGACUAAAAGUUUUAAUAAAUCUGUGGAAAACUUGUUUUUGUCUCUCACAACACAUAUAAAAAAAAUCUCUAAGUCCCAGAGUGAUAUGGCUGACAGAUGUCUCCUAACCACAGAUUAUGGGCAGAACAUGGAAAAGAGGAAGGAAAGAAGGAGCCAGUCUGACACUGCCAUCAACAUUACAAGCAGGGUAAAAAGUACACCUAGCCUUCAACAGCUCAUUACUGAGGCCCAAAAGGACAGUGAGGUUCUUAUCAAAAGGAACUACAAACAGGAAGAAGACACAAUAACCAGUCCUGCAAGUGAUACAGUUUUCUGUGAGGGCAGGAGACAUGGGAGUUUGUACAGUCUUAACAGCACUUGCACCGAAUAUGGCAAUUUUGGCAAGGCUAAUGUCACAGGAGAAAUAGAGUUUGCCAUAAGAUACGUCUUCAAAGCUUGCAUUUUAGAAAUUAGCAUCAAGGGAUGCAAGAAUCUGGCUUAUGGAGAGGAGAAGAAGAAAAAGUGUAAUCCGUAUGUCAAGGUUUAUCUACUUCCUGAUAAAUCUCCUCGGAGUAAGCGGAAGACAGCUGUCAAAAAGAGCACAGUGGAUCCAGAAUUUCAUGAGACUUUGAAGUACAAAAUUGAAUACUCUCAGCUGGGAAGUCGGCAGCUUCAAAUCUCUGUGUGGCACGCAGGAGCACUCAAAUACAGGGUGUUUUUGGGGGAAGUGAUCGUCCCACUGGCAGCAUGGAAUUUCGAAGAUAGCUCAGCAGAGUCAUACAGCUGGUACCAGCUCAAAGCCAAGCUUGAAAAGCUUGAAGAUAAUCUUGUGCAGUACAGCGGAGAACUCCUGGUGUCUGCAAGACUGUCAGUACCGGCCCAGGAUAAAAAUUCCCAGUUUGAAAAGUGGAUGAGAGAAGAAAAAAAAGACCAAGUUGCUCCCAGCUGCCAGCUUCAGGUUAUGGUAUUUGGGACCAAGAACUUGCCUGUGCCGAGAGCUGCUGGAACGUUGAAUUCAUUCGUUAAAGGCUGUCUUAUCCUUCCGGACCAAGCAGAGGUAAAGCAAAAGUCUCCUGUCCUGAAGAAAGAAGUCUGUCCUCAAUGGAAACACUUGUUUGUCUUUGAUGUCAGCCCAGCUCAGCUGCAGCAAUCAUGUCUACACUUGACUGUCUGGGACCAGGCAUCUUUUGGCUCGAGUGAUCGAUUCUUAGGGGGAGCCACGCUUGGUGCAGAAGAAUCAUUUGGCUUUACAGACCCCAAUUCUCAGCCAGUGCUUCAGUGGCAGGAAGUGCUCAGCAACCCGAACACAUGGAUGGACAUUGCGCUUGUACUGCAUUCAAAUAAGGAAAACUUUAAAUCAUAAAUGAGGUAACAGCACAAUAUUUUUUCCUUCCCAGUGUCUGAUGUAUUGAAAAUACAGAUUAAAGUGGCAUGUAUAGUGCCUAGU